CAAAAUGGAAUUCGUUUCAAAGCCCUAAACCUAGACCGUACCAUAUGUUGUACGGGGUACUCUUUGAUUACAAACCUGUCUUUUUUGGCCGAGAUAUCAAAGUACUGGCGAAUAUAAAAUGUUUUUGUGCCGGCAGUUUUUCUUAAAAAUGCGAACAGAUAAACGGAUUUGAAAUGGAAGUAUCAAUUGUACUUCUACACGAGUUGGUGUUUUUGUCUUGACACCUCCAAAAGUUAUUUUUCCAUCAUUAGAAAGGAAAGUUUUGUUUUAAACGGGGACUUCACCAAGAACAGACUGCUGGCUUGUUUCUUCGUUUUUAUUAAGCAUAGACUUAGUAAAUUCUGGAAGGAAAAAUGAAUUCAACCGACACGGCGCAGGGACAAGGGAACAAAACUGCCCGUCCCCUCUCCCUGUCUGGUCACGUUGGUUUCGACAGUCUCCCCCACCAGCUGGUCAACAAAUCAACCUGCCAGGGCUUCUGCUUCAACAUCCUCUGCAUUGGUGAGACUGGUAUCGGCAAAUCCACUCUGAUGAACACGCUGUUCAACACUAACUUUGAGAACUUUGAGUCGUCCCACUUUGAACCUAAUGUGAAGCUUUCAGCAAAGACCUACGACCUGCAGGAGGGCAACGUUCGCCUGAAGCUCACCAUCGUCAACACGGUGGGCUUUGGAGAUCAGAUGAACAAGCAGGAGAGUUACCAACACAUUGUGGACUAUAUCGACACCCAGUUUGAAUCGUAUCUGCAAGAGGAACUGAAGAUCAAGCGGUCGCUGCACAACUACCACGACUCACGUAUCCACGCUUGCCUCUACUUCAUCUCACCCUCAGGACACUCGCUCAAAUCUCUGGACCUGGUUACCAUGAAAAAACUGGAUAGCAAGGUAAACAUAAUACCUGUCAUCGCCAAAGCAGACACAAUCUCCAAGAGUGAGCUCCAUAAAUUCAAGCUAAAGAUCAUGAGUGAGCUGGUCAGCAACGGGGUUCAGAUCUACCAGUUCCCCACAGACGACGAGACGGUGUCCAGCAUAAACUCUACCAUGAAUGGUAUCCUGCCCUUUGCUGUGGUUGGGAGCACAGAGGAGGUGAAGAUUGGGAAUAAGAUGGUCAAAGCACGCCAGUAUCCUUGGGGUGUAGUGCAAGUGGAGAACGAGAACCACUGUGAUUUUGUGAAGCUGAGGGAGAUGCUAAUCUGCGUCAACAUGGAAGAUCUGCGUGAGCAGACUCAUAGCCGACAUUAUGAACUGUACCGCCGCUGCAAGCUGGAGGAGAUGGGCUUCCGAGAUACAGACCCUGAGAGCAAACCAGUCAGUCUACAGGAAACCUAUGAAUCCAAGCGUCAGGAGUUCCAGGUUGAACUUCAGAGGAAGGAGGAAGAAAUGAGACAGUCUUUUGUCCAGCGGGUGAAGGAAAAAGAGAUGGAGCUGAAGGAGAAAGAGAGAGAGCUGCAGACCAGGUUUGAGCAGCUGAAGCGAAUGCACCAAGAGGAGAAGGCCAAGCUGGAUGAGAAGAGGAGGAUGCAGGAGGAUGAGAUCAACAUCUUCAGCAAAAAGAAGGCGGCUACAGAGCUGCUCCAAGGCCAGACCUUCAACACCAACAGCAGCAACCUCAAAAAGGACAAAGACCGCAAGAAUGCUGGAUUCAUGUGAUUGAAGGAAGCGUGUUCCGCCCCAAGAUGGCCACUAGGGGAAGAGAGGGAGGUAACACAGUAAACAGUCCAGAGGUGGUCAACCGUUACCUGACAACUACAAACCUGGCAAAGUGUUCAUUUACAAAGACACAAGUGUACAUGAGAAAGGACCAAAGAACUUCAAAGCAAACCCAAACUUCCUAAACAUGUUUCUAAACUAGAGACAGUCUAGCACAGAACAGCCUGUACCCUGGCUAACCAAAAUGUCCUGACCAAAACAGAGUGGCUGCUGCUCACCUCUCACCUGGCCUUCUGAGCACAAAACCAGCUACAUUUGCACAAGUGUAGAGGGUAGCCAACCUGCCUAGUCCUUUUGCCUGUUUUAGGACUUAGACACAGCACAGCUUACACUUGAACUGACUGAAGCACAAAGGAUCUGGAACACACAACUAAUAGAUGGUUUGAAACAAAGGCAAGGAAAUAUCUCAGGGGAUGCAGGCAGCUGUCACAGCAGACAGCAGAGAGUGGGGAUUGAUCCAUGUCCUCAGAAUAACAUUCAUUUCUCCCACAGACUUUAAAAAAACAAAACAGCAACAACAACAAAAAAAAACAGUAUUUCAAGAAUAAUAUGGUUUGAAUGGCACCAGUCCCCUGUGAGACGGAUCAUGCCGUUGCUUAAAUUGAUUCUGAACAUAUUGUAUUAUAAAUAUCUGACUUGAAAUCACCAUUGUUGAGCUGGUGUGCUGGCAGAUAGGUGGGGGUGGGUGAAGACUAUUUACAUAUUCAUGAAUCUGCACAUUUUAAUGAGGCCAAGGUUUAGAGUUAUAUUUAAGCUGUUUUAAGGCAAUAGAUGUUUUUUGGUGGGGGAAAAAAACUUAGAUAUGUAAUAGUGAUGAACAGAUUAUUUUUAUGGGCUGGAGGGGGACUUGAAAGAAUUAUGGGUAAUGUCACACUUUUGCGUUAGCCUCAGGAAUUAAGUCAGUCUCUUUAAAAUGUAAUUAAAAUCUGAUUAAAUGAUGGCUUCAAGAGGAGCAGAUAUGUCAUAAUUGAUGGUGAAGUGUUAUUUUCUGGUCAGUUAUCACAUUCACUGUCAGAUAGGAAUGGGAAUUUUACUUCCAGAACCUACUUGCCAGCUCUGCUCAAGGCAAGGAAAGAGCAGCAGAGGAGAAACAGGAGCCACAGGCCAGUCAGAAAAAUGUGGGUGAGGUCCCUUCAGUAUAAUGAACAGCGUGUAGAUUGGUGUGCAUGUCAAAUAAUUGGUGGCUUUGUCUGGCAGGGGAGGUCAAAUGUCAUGUAGUAGUGCCAUUUUCAAACUGUAAAGAAUUUAUCUUAAUAUUUGAAAUGGAGUCGCACUGAAAUCUUCAUGCGGCUUUCUGUUUGAUUCAUGUCUGUCGUUUUGCACAGAGACAAAACAUUUUGGGCCGGUAGCCGUCAGUGUCAGUACCAGUGGAAAGGAAUCCUGCCAUUUGUAAACACUGAAGAUGUGCAGAGUUCUCACAGGUGUUAUGUAUGUGUAAUGACAGUCACCUGGGGUCGCUUCUCCUCUCAUCAAAUCAGCAAUAGCAUCACGGCAAUACCAACUUUUAAAUUAUUUUGUAUAUGAAGGUCUUUUGGUAAUGGCUGUCAGGAACAACUAUCUGCAAAGAUAAUUACAAUAAUUACACUUUCCCAGGUUUUACAAGUCUUAGCUCUGCAAGCGCACAUCAGCUAGUCAGUAGUUGUUACAACCUGAUUUUAUGCAUUAAAUGUGCAACUUACUAAACAUCCUCUGAUAAUGAAGAGGAUGUGUAGUAAGUUACUUUGUGAGGAAGAGGUGCCUUCUUUGCCCUCCAGCUGAAACCAGGUGAACCAAUAUGCUAUUGUGCGUCAGCUCAGGGCUUUCUUGGCCUGAAAAACAUCUUGGGGAAAGACAGCACUCGAUUAAAACUGUUUCUAGCCCAGGACUCACUUCAUAGCGUAACACAGUGUGACUUGUAUGGUUUCAACAGAGGAGCUGUAGCUAUCCAGCUGCAUCAUUUAUUUUUAACCACUAGAGAAGUUGGCAAUAUUGGUUUAAAAAAAAUCUGUUACCAAAGGUUGAGGAUCUGAGCUCCAAUUGAAAUCCUUUUCAAAGUCUGGCUGCUGAUGUGUGGAUGGCUCCUGUCUGUAAAUCAGCAUUCCCACAGGGAGAGAUUUUGUUGCCACUAAGGAAUGUCUAAAGACACAUUUGUAUACGUCCCUCCUCAGUUGCCACUGGUUGAGGCUGGAGCUUCUGUACUGUGCUCAUGGAGGUCAAGCAAGGUGUUAGACUGUGUAGGAACAAUUUGACUCAAAUGAUUUGAGUUAGUGUUAAUGUUGGGCAGCAUUAUCAAUGUAGAUUAUGUUCCGUUUCGCUCAUGGAUUUAUGCAUGCAUAAUAUGUCCAGCUUUAAUAGAGAUUGCAUUUCUGUUCAUGUUUGACUUCACAUCAAUUUGUCUCCUGUUUCAGAUUUUUUUUUUUCACGUAUCCUCUUAUAUUAUGUUCUCCUAGCACUACCCUAUUAUAUUCCAGCUAUUACAUGCACUUUGAGUGAGAUAAUCCUACUUGUCCCCUGCGUAAUGUCAAGUGCCUUUUGAUGUGGAACAAGUCUAUUUUAUGUGCCUAUGUUCAAGUAACUCAUUUUAUGCAGUAUUUUAUAACUUUAUACAUAUAUAUUUAACUAAGUAGGUGGUUAAUACAUAUGAGUGUCUGAUAUGAUUCUUAUUCAUAAUAAAAAGCAUGACUUUGCAAUAUUAA